AUGUGCACCGGUGCAAUAUUGCUUUUUGGAGUAAAGAGAGUGGUUAUGGGCGAGAACAACACAUUCGUCGGAGGUGAAGAUCUUCUCAAGGAGAGAGGAGUCGAGGUGAUUAACUUGAAGAGUCAGGAAUGUGAGGAUAUUCUGAGAAAGUUUAUCACCGAGCAUCCAGAGCAAUGGGAUGAGGAUAUUGGAAAAUAG